GAAAUGUUAGAGAGUGUACUUUCAUUUUCACAUUAUUGAACGCUGUGAGCACGUUUUCAAUAAGAACUGGUUUCCUUGAACAAUAAGGAUGUGCUACAACUGGAGUCAUAUUGCUGACCUGGAAGUUUAUCUACAGAACAAUGACCGUGAUGUAGUCACCUGUCACUGUACCAGGGCAUCCAUUAGUGACAGAUAUUUGUGCAGAUUAGGAAACCAAAAUCAAUGGGAGAAUGCUAGUGAUGAAGAUGGUGAUGGUAUCAUUGACUUGACAGAGAACAAUGAAGAUAAAGAAGAUGAUUCAGUAGAUGACAAUGAAGCUGUGAAUGAGCAAGACACAGAGGAUAAUAGAGAGUGUAUAGAUGAAGAGGCAGCUCUCAUGUCCGCUUUAGGGCUACCAACGUCUUUUGGCUCCAAAACAUCUACCACAGAGAAACCAAAACCAAAAAAGUCAUCUGGAAAAAAAAGAAAAAAGCAGAGUAAACGGAAAAAGAGUUCACAGAAAUCAGUCCAUGAUUCUUCUUUAGUUGAAACUGGGGACAUGUCCAACAACAGAGAUCUUCAAUUUGAACCAGCGUGGCAAAGCUACUGGGAGCAGUAUGGGGAAUACUUAGUGUGGGAGGGAUGGGUAAAUAAAUAUCCAGAACAGAUUGACUCUGGGAUGUACUUAGGGAUUCCCUGUAUAGCAGAAGUAGAGGUAGAAACUCAAGUAGCUGUGAGGGAACAAGAUGAAGUAGAAAGAAAGAGUGAGGAGAAUAAAACUGAGACUGUUUUACCAACCUGCUCUGGAAAUAAAAGUCCAAAGGAUGCAGGUUUGGAAAGUAAAGAGGAUGAAAAUAAUGCAGCAUCAAAAAUUUGUGAUGAAAAAGAAAAAUUAUGUGGAGGAAGUCCGUCCCAUGUCUUCCCACAAGUGUGUAACAGGUUUCAGGAAUCUUACAAUGCUGCAAUUGAAAAUGUUAUGAAAGAGAGAACAGAGAAGGAAGUGGUGAGAGACAAUGGAGAUCAGUCAUCCUCAGUGACAGAAAACAUUGCAAACCAGCAGACAGAGACGGUGAAUCUGAUGCACAGCUACUCUUAUUCUGGGCCUCCACAACAGUACGAGAGAGAACAAGAUCCUGAAGUGGGUGAGGAGAAUUCCAAUGGUGUCUGUGGAGAUGAUGGAAAUGAGGUGCCUAUGGGAGAAUAUACAAGUCAGGAGAAUUAUGAUAUAGCUUGGCAGGAGCUCUGGAAUGAACACUACACAGAAUUGUAUUGGUACUAUUACAACCAGUUUCUGAAUGAGUUCAACAAACUUAAGGUUCCCAGGGAAACAGACCGGCAAACAGAAUCACAGGGAGACAAGGAAACACCUCAGGAGGUUUCAAGUGACCAUGUUUGUGGGGACAAUGUGGAUGAUGCAGGAGAGGCUGUUGAUAUCAGGGAAGAUGAGGUGGAAGAUGGAUCAGGGGAAGGCAGGAAGAGGAAGGCAGGCAACCAGACUACACAACAGACAGGGCAGCAGUGUACAUCAGGGACCAGUGGUGGUAGCAGUGGACUGUCCACCAGUCAGUAUGGGGGUGGGGCUCUAUCAGGUGGGACAGGAGGUGGAGACAAUGAUCCCCCUGAUGACCGUCCCAAAGAUAUCCCUAACAGCCAUUCACAAGAUGAUGUCCCUUUAGAAGAAGAUGGCAGGGAAGGGUUGAAGUUCAUGGGAUUUGCUUUAACAGAAGAUAAUGAAAAUACACCAGAAAGACCUGUAAAAACUUCAAGAAUGACAGUUGGAAAAAUGAAGUAUCUUGAUAAAAAGGCAUUGCGGAACAGUAAGAAAAUGGACAAAGGAAAAGAACCCUCUCACUUCUGGUAUGAUGAUAAAGGUGAAAAGUUAACAUUCACAAAGAGUAAGGCCCUGAAUAAGGUGAAACGAUUCCUUGAAAAGGCUGAUGAUGAAGAUAGAGAAUUGGAUCAGAAAAUGGAGGGAGAACCUGGUGUGUGUAAUGAGAGCGUGUUGGAUAUAAAUGACUCGGAUUCUUCUUCAUCUUCUGAUGAUACCAGUAAUUUACAACAAAAGCCUGGACCUCACUCUCAAAAAGAUCAGGAACAAAUUGAAAUUGUAGACUUCAAGUUAAAUAAAAAUAUUCACUCUGAAAAAGAGGUGUCAGUUGAAACUCAGUGCAUGGAAAAUGAGACAAUACAAAUUACCAGUCACAAGAAGAAAAAGAAGAGAAAUAAAAAGAAAGUGAAAAUGCCCCCAGAGGUGGCCAACAGUGAGGAUUUGAGGAAGUACUGGGCCCAGAGGUACCGCCUGUUCUCUAGAUUUGAUGAGGGCAUUAAGCUUGACAGAGAGGGAUGGUUCUCGGUGACCCCUGAGAAAAUAGCAGAGCACAUUGCAGAGCGAUGCCGAUGUGAUGUUAUUGUGGAUGCUUUCUGUGGUGUAGGGGGAAAUGCUAUACAAUUUGCAUUCACUUGUGAAAGAGUUAUAGCAAUUGACAUUGAUCCUGACAGAGUGGCAAUCGCCAAGCACAAUGCCCGAGUGUAUGGGGUGGAGGACAGGAUAGAGUUCAUCAUCGGGGACUACUUCCACGUGGCUCCAAAACUCCGAGCUGAUGUUGUGUUUCUGAGCCCUCCCUGGGGUGGUCCAGAGUAUCUGGGAGCAGAAGUGUUUGAUCUGGAGACCAUGAUUGAGUUAAAAUCUUCAGCUAUUUUUGAUGUAGCAAGAAAAAUCACAGACAAUAUUGCCUUCUUUGUUCCAAGAAAUGCAAAUGUUGAGCAACUGACCUAUUUGGCUGGUCCUGGGGGAAAUGUGGAAAUCGAGCAGAAUCUUUUGAACAAUAAACUGAAGACAAUCACAGCCUACUAUGGUGAACUUGUGCUGGAAGGAGAGCACAUUGAGGAAACAGCACAGAAUGUGGACAACAUUACAGAGAUUGAACAAAUCAAUCAAUCAAAUUAAACUCAAGAGACGGGGGACAUCGAACAUUAAACUGACAUUCAUUAAGAUGCAUGAUUACACUAUAAGCAGAAAGAAUAUACUGUAGUAAGGAAAAGAGAAAAGUUUACCAUAAAAAACUCUAAAAAAUGAAUGAAUAAAAAAAUUCACAUACUCAA